CCAGCUCCCCGGGGCAGCCAAUGGGUUGGCCACACGAGGCUCCGGACUGAAGCUUGGAAUCCCCUCGCCUGCCCGCCGGGUCGACCUGCGCUUGUCUCCUCCCGUCCCCUCCCUUCUCCGCCGUCGGAUUUGCUGCGACGUCGCAUCCCACGUUGCUCCGAGUCCGAGGGCUCCUUAGAUCGACAGCCGGAGGAGCAAAGGGCGGGGCGGGGGGCCGGCAUCCUGAGAUCCAUUUUAGGGAAACUUGCUGAGCGAAGCGCCUAACGCUGCAGACUGACCUCGCACCCGCGGCUUCGUGGUGCUUUCCCUCUCUUCUCUCUGUCGGUGGUCGCUUUGGGUCGCAUUUGGAAACUCCGCUUCGAGUGGGGAAGUUUUAAUCGCACCGCCUCACUUUUUCCUGCGGGCGCCCUUUUCGCAUGGAUUUUUGCUUCCUUCUGGGUAUUGUGUCAGCGCCGGCUGCCUCCAAGCCUGGAGUUCCCAGGAGGGGCCUCUGUUGUGGAGUGUUUUUGUUUCUAUGGAGAAGCGCCAUGAGCUGUUCUGCUCCUCAUGACGGGGAAAUCCGCCUUCAGUUUCUUACAUGCGUGGAAGGGAGUUCUUGAUGCCUGCCUGCCCGGGAACAAAACCAACAAAAGAAAAGAAAUGAGUCGUCAGACUGCUACAGCACUUCCUACGGGUACCUCCAAGUGUACGCCAUCUCAGAGGGUCCCUGCGUUGACUGGCACCACCGCAUCCAACAAUGAUUUGGCUAGCCUCUUUGAGUGUCCUGUGUGCUUUGACUAUGUCCUGCCACCUAUCCUGCAGUGCCAAAGUGGCCACCUUGUUUGUAGCAACUGUCGUCCCAAGCUCACCUGCUGCCCGACUUGCCGAGGCCCGUUGGGCUCUAUUCGUAACUUGGCUAUGGAGAAAGUUGCCAACUCUGUACUGUUUCCUUGUAAAUACGCCUCCUCCGGCUGUGAGAUAACUUUGCCCCACACCGAGAAAGCAGACCACGAAGAGCUUUGUGAAUUUAGGCCUUAUUCAUGUCCGUGCCCUGGUGCUUCUUGUAAGUGGCAAGGAUCCCUGGAUGCUGUCAUGCCCCAUCUCAUGCACCAGCACAAGUCAAUCACAACGCUACAGGGAGAAGAUAUUGUUUUCCUCGCUACAGACAUUAACCUUCCUGGUGCUGUUGACUGGGUUAUGAUGCAGUCUUGUUUUGGCUUUCAUUUCAUGCUGGUGUUGGAGAAACAGGAGAAGUACGACGGUCACCAGCAGUUCUUUGCAAUUGUACAGCUGAUAGGAACGCGGAAGCAAGCCGAAAAUUUUGCUUACCGGCUAGAGCUGAACGGUCAUAGGCGGCGGUUGACUUGGGAAGCCACACCUCGGUCGAUUCACGAAGGGAUUGCGACGGCCAUCAUGAAUAGUGACUGUCUAGUCUUUGACACCAGCAUCGCACAGCUUUUUGCGGAAAACGGCAAUUUAGGCAUCAAUGUGACGAUUUCCAUGUGUUGAGACGCCAUCCAGCAUUUUGAGGCCAGUGUCUGGGGGAGGGGGGCAGAACCCCCUGCCACCGUUGCAUUCAGUUUCAUAGAACUCAAGGUAAACAUCUUCGGCUACCAGAACAGUUGAGUAUGGAGAGGUUGGCACAUAUGAAAGUAAAUUAAUGGAAAGGCUGUGGAAAAUACAGGAAGAAGUUGCAUGUAAUAACACUAAUAUAUUUAAAAGUAAGUCAGCAGUAAACCACUGAAAUAUAUAUAUGCGUGUAUAUAUAUAAAUAUAUAUAUAUUAUACCCAAAAUGGGAAUCUUUUUGUAUUAAGAAUUGAUUCUACAGAAAAGUGUUGUAAAAUAAUUCUAAAACUUGUUUGUAGAUUGAUUGUACGUUUUGAAAAGGAAAACUGUUUUGUGUUUCAUUUGUGUUCUUUUUUUCCUUUGACUGACAAGCCAUGCAGGGCGGUCUGGUAUCUGGCCGUUACUUCUCCCUCCUUUGCCCCCCCAGCCGACUCCCCUCCCAAGUCACUACAUAGUAUUGCUGCUGUUCUUGUGUACAUUUUUUUUUGUGUAUUUUUUUAUUAACUUCUAGUUUUUCAUUAAAUAAAUGACUUUCUUUUCUGUAGUUCAGGUUUCCCCUCCUUUUUUUUUUACCUCUUGAAAUUAAUUGCAGGUGUCAUCUUCUGCUACGCAUAAUUGAUUAUGGUCAAGUGUAUACUUCUGUAUAUUUUGGUAACCCCUUUUUUUUGUGCAAUACUGCCAUUGGUUAUAGUACAGAUUAGUCCUAUGGACCUAUUUGGAACAUCCACCUGAAUAACUGCAGAAUUGCAGCCCUUCCCAGUUAGUCAAUUCGAUGAUAUUGUCAUUCAUUUGACUAUUUUGUGAGCAUCACAAUCUCUGAAGGGGAUACCAUUGGACAAAUUCUAGAAACCUCAUACACACUGAACGGAACCUUUUAAAUUGUAGAAGCCAUUGUAUUUCAGUUCAAACAUAACUGCUGAUCUUAUUUUGUUUUGGGAACAUUCUAAUUUCAAGGAAGUGGAAGUUCAGGCACAUUUUCACAGAAAAUUUAAAGACUCUUAGACAUUUAAAGUCAUUCUUGUAUUUAUUGGUUGUGCAGUACAAGAAGGCGUUGUCUAAACAGUAUUUGUAAACCCUGAGGACAGACCAGUUGUUUAAAAGAAGCAGUUGAAAUAAGCUGUGUUUGGUCUUUUUAAAAAUUCUGUCAUUAAAAGAAUUCCUGGCAAACUGAA